UGCUUCUUCACCUGAAUGUCAGGGACACAUUCCUGCUUCGGAUCUCCUUUGGAGCUUCAGCUAUUAUGAAAGGUGAUGUCAUCUGUACUUGAUGCGUGCUCUCCUUCCAAUUUACUGCGAAAUGAUCGACGACGCCUGAGACAUUUUGGUGUAAGCCACUUCUCUCCCUGUUUGUGUUUCGUAUACUUGCAGCUUUUAAUGUACAAUCCUGGAGUCAGUCUCCACUGAUUGACGACAGGCAUACCCAAGGAACCGAGCUCUCACUCAAAGGACUGAAGUCCCAGAAUCCAGGCCGGCACUCCUGAUGUCAGUCCAAGUGGAGCAUUGCCACAAUUCUAAAAGGCUUUAACAAAGUCAAUGCUCAGAAGCUCUUUCCCGCUUGCUCCCCAAACACCACCUGGAGAGUUUGGAACAGGGUGACAGGGGUCACAGACUCAUUGCCAAGGGGUCAGCCAUUUUGGAGUGAGGUCGUACAGGUCAUGGUGGGAAUAAUUAACUUGACGUUUGGUGUCCCGUUAUACUUUGCGGCCCCAUUUGUCAUUGCCAUUCGGCUGUGGGUCCCUUGGUGGACAGGAAUUCUGUUUGUGAUUUCAGGAGCACUGACAAUGCUCAAUGUCGACUCACCAGAGCCACGUGUGAAAAAGUUAGCGAUGAUCUUUAAUUUUGUGAGUGCGAUUGCAGCGGCCCUUGGAGCUGUGGCGUACAUCCUAUCAACCAUGAUAUCUGGAUACUACUUAUGGCGAUCACCUAUGCUGAUAUUGAUUUUGCUUUUUAUGUAUUGUGUGGUGGAGCUGUUUAUAGCUCUUCUCGUUGGCAUCAUCCUCUGUAAAAACUAACAAAGAGGCCUGAGGGACAGAGUGAUGCUCAGAGCUUUGAGUUCCAGGCCCUAGGACAAAUGCAGAGUUGCUUCCCUCGGGGUGGGAGCUGGACCUUAAACACCCAGGAGCCUCGCUGUGGAGAAAAGCAAUGUCCCUCUCCGACACCAAGAGCAGGUUCAACAGAAAAUAGCCUUCACUGCAAAAAUGGGUGAACUGCCUGCAGCCCUGCUGAGUGAGCAGAUGCUCUGUAUAUAUUUAAAUAUUAAAGUUACAUGUAUGGAGAUAUCACGAUAUGGCUAGUCUGAUUGGCAACUGUUUAUGAAAGAGCAGAGUUACUGGUCUAUAAUUAU